GCUUCUUCUCUGUACACCUCUUUUCUUUUCCUUGUAGUUGUUACGAGAUGGAUGGAAGCAUUGGAAAUGUUCCAAUAAUGAGUGAAUCAAUCAGGAGAUACUUAUUUGAAAAAGCCAUGGAAGGAGAUUGGGAAGCAGUGGUGACGACAUACGAGGACCAGCCCUGGGCCGGCAGGGAAAAGAUCACGAAAGGCAACACAGCGCUCCAUAUAGCUGUCUUGGAUCGUCAAGAAAGCAUUGUUCAAAAACUAGUGCAGGUUAUUGGUAACCAAAAGGAUGUUCUCGACAUAAAAAAGGAGCAAGGGGAUACCCCUCUCCAUUUGGCAGCAGCAAUAGGAAAUGUUUCAAUGUGCUUACACAUUGCUUGCGGCCAUCCAUACCUCGUGGGUGUUUGCAACAAAGAACUCGAAACUCCUCUCUUCGUGGCUGCUCGCCAUGGUAAGAUUGGCGCUUUCUUUUGCCUUCUGGAUAUGUCUGGAAGCCGAGCCCAAUUUUAUGGGAAGCUUCGGAACAAAAAUGGUGAAACAAUUCUUCACUGUGCCAUCGCUGGAGGACACUCCAAAUUGGCAUAUCUAAUGGCUCUACAGUACGAAGAUCUUGUUAACACCAUCAGCGACAGGGGAGCCAGCCCUCUCCAUUUACGGGCAAAUAAGCCUACUGCAUUCAGAAGUGGAACUCACCUCAGUCCGGUUGACAAACUCAUUUAUCAUUGUAUACUUGUCCCUGAGGUCCACCGCCCACUUGGAGAUGACAAGAACUCUAAAAAACAAACACGUACCGACUUAUUGCGAGUGCUUUGGAGCAAGAUUAAUGUAUUUACAGGUGGGUGAAUGGAAUUGUUUUCUUUAGUCAUAUUUGUCAAAACAUGAAUCAACCACUCACUCACAGAACAUGAUGUGAUAUGAAUCUAAAGAAAUUCUACUAUCAUCAAACAACUAACUUUCCAAGCAGUUGGAGAUGUCAACAUUAAUUUUGACAUGUGGCUGCCUUUUCUUUAUAAUCCAGAUUGAAGCUUCAAAAAGCACAUAUGUUGUAAAUGCAUACAUUGUAGCUUAGUCUGCAUGCAGCAAAAGUAGAUGAAUAUAUUGGUGAUUCAUAUGGACUUUCCUCCUUAUUUUCUUUACAAGAGUAUUUACGAAUCAUAUAUCAACUUCCUACCAAUGCUAUGUUGGUAAAUUAAUUAUCAUUCUACUGCUACAUGUGAUUAAGAAAGAAAACUUUGAAACUUCUAAACAUCAAUUGGAUGGUGUGUAGUUGUGUCCUAAGGGCUGAUGAUAAUCAAAAGGACAAAUCUUUGUUGUUAUGAGAAAAAUGGAAAGCUUAUAUAAACUUUUUAUUCUAAUAUUGUUGCAACAGGUUUUCUUAGAGUUAUACUAGGAAUAAAUGUAAUUCAUAUCUAAUUCUAACCACUCCCAGCUGAUCACUUUUCUCGGUGUUCUGGAUAUUCUAGCAUAGGAUUGCACAAUAUUUUUAAUUAUUUAUAUUAUCCAAACAAAUCUUGUUGAAUUUUCAUUAUUUGGUUUUGGUCCACACAUGCUGAAAUUAAGGAUGUUUUAAAUUUUCAACCUGGUAAUAGAUCCCAACUGGUCUCUACUGCCCAGGCUGGGUAAAGCCAGCAUCUGGGCUGAACCAAUAAUUGUAGCAGCUCAAGCUGCCAAAAAAUUGGAUGAUGAGCUUCUCUUGGAAACCAAGAUGAAAACUGAAGGAAUGGGAGUACUGGAAACACCAAUAUUGAUUACAGAAAAGAAUGGUAUCAAAGAAAUGGUGGAGAGAAUCCUUGAUCUUUACCCCAUGGCCAUUCAUGACAUAGACUCCAACAAGAAGAAUAUAGUGCUAUUGGCGGUGGAGAAUAGGCACCCCUAUGUGUAUGAGCUCUUCCUGAAGAGAAAUAUUGUGAAAGAUAGUGUAUUUGGUGCCGUUGAUAAUAAAGGGAACAGUGCAUUGCAUCUAGCUGCCAUGUUUGCAGAUUAUCGGCCUUGGCUCACUCCAGGUGUUGCAUUGCAAAUGCAAUGGGAAGUCAAAUGGUAUGAGUAUGUGAAGAAGUCCAUGCCACCGAAUUUCUUCCGUUUCCACAAAAAUGAAAACGAGUCUGCAAAGCAGAUUUUCACCCGUGAACACAAAGAUCUGGUGCAAAAGGGUGGGCAAUGGCUAAAUAACACAGCCACCUCAUGCUCGUUGGUAGCAACACUCAUUGCAACUGUCGCCUUCGCCACAUCAACUGCUGUACCGGGCGGCACCAAGGAGGGGAGCGGAAAACCGAAUCUUGAGUAGCAGCUAGCAUUUGGUAUCUUUGCAAUUUCAUCACUCAUUGCUCUUUGCUCUCUGGUCACCUCCACUGUCACGUUUCUUGCAAUUCUCACAUCCAGGUACGAAGAAAAAGACUCUGGCAAAGAGUUGCCCAGAAAGCUUUUGGCUGGAUUAACUUCUCUUUUCAUAUCCAUAGCGGCGAUCUUGGUCUCUUUCUGCGCUGGCCACUUCUUUGUGCUUAAAGAUGAACUCAAAAUUGCAGCAUUCCCAGUAUAUGCAGUAACCUGCCUGCCAGCAACUUCUUUUGCUGUAUCCCAGUUUCCACUGUACCUUGAUCUCAUAUGUACUUAUUUUAGCAAUGUGCCACCGCCCGGUUUGGAGGACGAUGCCUAGCGUUCAUGAUUUUGCCUCCUCUUUUUUAGCUUCAGGUUGAAUUUUUAUUUAUUUCCUCCUGGAAAAGCCAACCUCCUUGGGGCCAGGCCAGGAGUUGAGUUUGUGGGUUAUCAUUUAUUUGUAUAUAUUUUAUUUAAUUAUGACCAUUUUUGUUGGUGGUUUUAAGA